ACUUAUUUCCCUCCUACAUCUGCAGUUCAGAUGUGUGGAACGUGCUUAAAAUCCUACAGGAUGUACAAGUUGCGGGAUGUGCACGACUUUAAGGAUGCCUGAAGGAGAGGUGAAACAGAAUUGAUGCGGUUGUUCAAGAUUUGGAACUACAGUGGUAUAAAAUGCAAGAUUAUAGACAACAUCGUCAUGGUAUCGCAGGUUUAGACAUUUCCAGCCACUAGCUAUGUCUCUUUGCUGCUGCUUGUUUCUGAUAUUCAGUUUGAAAAAUUGCAAGCCUUGAUCUCUGAAUACUGAAACAUGGAAAUUCUGAUGAGCAGCACUCUACCAACCGAUGUGACCAGCAGUCUACCGACCAAUGCAACUCCGACAGGGAGAGAAGAACAUGAGUUUAAGUCUUUGGAGCUGUUCAUCAUGGUGAUCAUCAUCACCAUUAUCGUUGUGGGUAACCUUCUGGUCAUCAUCGCUAUUGCACGCACCUCCCAGCUGCAGACCACAACGAAUAUCUUCAUCAUGUCAUUGGCAUGCGCUGACCUCAUAAUGGGGGUGCUGGUGGUGCCACUGGGUGCCACAAUUGUCGUAACGGGGAAAUGGCAACUCACCAAGACUUUGUGCGAGUUAUGGACAUCGGUUGAUGUGUUAUGCGUCACUGCCAGUAUAGAGACCCUUUGCAUCAUCGCAGUGGAUCGGUACAUUGCAAUCACACGGCCUCUGCGGUAUAAAGUGCUCCUGAAUAAGUGUAGGGCUCGAAUUAUCGUUUGUGUCGUGUGGCUGGUCUCAUCUCUAAUCUCCUUCGUCCCCAUUAUGAAUCAGUACUGGCGUGUGGAGAAUGACGAUGAAAUCUUAAGAAAAUGUAAUGAGGACCCCAAGUGCUGUGAUUUUAUAGCAAAUAUGCACUUUGUUAUAAUUUCAUCAGUGGUUUCAUUCUACAUCCCACUACUCAUCAUGAUUUUCGUCUAUGCACGCGUCUUUUUCAUUGCCACACAACAGAAACAGCUAAUCGACAAAAACCGUUUGAGGUUCCAAAAUGAGUGCAUAGGAAAUCAGGUACAGCCGACGCACCACGGCAACAACAACUUACCUUCGAUGUGCAAUCAUGUCGGAGGAAUGACGGCAAGGCGGAAAAGUUCCCGAAGGCGACCGUCGAGAAUAACCGUCGUCAAGGAGCACAAGGCCCUCAAGACACUGGGCAUCAUCAUGGGCGUCUUCACACUCUGCUGGUUGCCUUUCUUUGUGGCGAACAUCAUCAAUGUCUUCAAUCGAGACGUGCCGAGCAUGGAGAUUUUUCGUUUAUUAAACUGGUUAGGCUACAUGAACUCCGGCCUCAACCCCAUCAUCUACUGUCGAAGUCCAGAGUUUCGUGUGGCCUUCAAGAACCUUCUUGGCUGUCCCUGGUUGCCCUCUCUAAAAAUGAACUUCCUUUUCAAGGGGCUUCGGACUCGAUGCCCCUGCUUCCUGGGGUCUGCGGAGCCAGGAAUGCCUGGAUCGUUCCAGAAGUCCCCCACAUUGCCAGAGACAUUGCCUGAAGAAGGGAGCAGCCAGAGCAGCUACAGGAACGAGGAGGCAUCGCCGGGACCGCCACACUCCAAUGGCAGCACCUUCUUCAGUGAAUUCUCCGAAGCCGAGGCAGAGUUCUGUAACCUACAGGGGCAGGAUGGCUGAAAGUUUCUAGCAUGGCUGAAAGAAAAGGACGCUGAUGAAGAAACUGACAAAAGGACUGACCUACGUCACAGUUGGCUGGACUUCCCCAGCAGAGACCACAAGGGCCCAGCAAAACAUCCAUGAAGCCAUCUGGGGAACCAGCUCCAAAAAUGAAAGACAAAAGAGUGAAAAGAUAUAACCACAGAGAGACAAGCGCUGAGAGAAAUUACUCACAAACAGCCCAUCUAUGGAGAGAACGACUGAACUGGUACUGCUCAUGGAGGAGUGUAAUUCAGAGCGAUCCGAAACUGCUUACGUUCUAUCAAGCCGUGGAGAUCUGGCGCGAUCCACUUCAGCCCGGUUUGGUCUGGUUUGUUUGGCAAAAAAACGAACCAGACCUGUGGGUCCUCCAACAUGUGUUUCAGUGCUAUGUUCUGAGAAUGGACUUCUUUAAAUACAUGGACACAAUAACUCUGAAUAGACUCUUUAAGCACAGUGUGUUUUUUAAAACAUAAAAAGUUUAGAUUUUGUACAAUAUCAUAUACUAAAUUAUUAUUAUUUAUUUUACUCCCCACAUUUUAGCUGUGCAUGUGUAAAAUGCUUGCAACAUUAAUAUAUCUGUGUUGUACAGGUUAACACUUCAGUAGUCCACUGAUUUUUUUUUUCCCCCAGUGCAGCCAACUCAAUAUAAGCUAGAAGAUUUCCCGCUCUAAAAUCCAUCUCCACUCCUGAGAAUGUGCUUCACAAAUUUGAAUGGGAGCGUUUGAAUUUGGUUGCUGUGCAAUUGAGUGUAAACUGUGUAAAACUGAAAAUAGACAAUGAGAGGAAGGCCAAUUCUU